AUGGUAUCAAGAGCCUACUUGUUUUUUCUUGUCUCUGCUGUCUGUAUUCCUGUGUUCUGUGGCUGCCAUCUCACAGCCAUCAUGGCAUGUUCUUCUACGAAGGCUGCAUCUGCAUAUGAACUGGAUGAAUGUGUAGUUGCAAGUUUGUCUUCUGUGGUGUCUUACCUGUUUAGUAGUAGCUCUGGUGAUACCUCUGGUGAUACCGAUUUCAUGCAUCCUGAAAUUAUGAAACAAGAAUCAUUGUUUGCGGUCCCUGAUAGAAGUGAGACAAUUACACGAGGGGCUUUACUGACAAAUAAUGUCUGCCAUUUUCUUAUUGAUGUUACUUGCAGAUUCAAGUCUAUGGAGAUGAUUCUUCACAGUUAUAGGACAAGUGAUGAUUUUGAGAGUCAUGCCACUAAUUUUCACUCUUUAUCUGGUAACAAAAUGGUUGUGCAUAAGUUGCCUGAGUAUGGAAUUUGGAUUUCGAUUCGGCCCACAACUAUUGUAGUAUCUUGCGAAGAAGGGAAGAUGGAUCUCCUGACUGAUUUAUCAGGAAUCCUGUCUUUUGUUUUUGAAUACCAGGAUUCAAUUGGAAACAACAUUGAUCAUAUUGUACCUGAAAAUUUACUUUUGCAGUCUAUUAAUUGUUUACAUGAAAUAUCUCUUUCUGGUUGCUCGUUUGCAUUAAGCUUGGGUCUUGUUCAAAAUACCCCAUCUUCAGCCUUUGAAAGGUUAAGUAAUCGAUCUCCCCAACCAGUUAUAAAAAUGGGUUCUCCGUCCAAUAUCAGUCUGCUAACUUCAGCAAAUCACUGGUUACUAAUAGAUGUUUCCGUAAGUAGUAUCUUUAUGGGGAAAUGCUCACUGAAGAGUGAUCUGAUUCAAGCACAUAAAUUCAAUAAGCUUCUGUCUUUGUUUUCAAUUGGUGGAGAGUUUCAUAUGAUAUCCUGGGAGAUUCAGGGUGGAUUCAUUUUUCUUGAAACAGCAUCUUUGCCAAUGGCCAUUGAUAACUAUUCUUCAUAUCUUCGCUAUAUUGGCCAUCUCUCUUCUGAUACAAAGCAACCUAAAAAAGGCAUCAAGAAGGAAGAGAAUUGCAGAGAGAACUAUAUUUCAGAUGAUGUGAAUGAUCAAGAAGCUAUUAGAUCUUCUGAAGAAGCUGCAAGUAGAUUGCCAGAUAGAUGUGACUUUUCUUUGUCUCGCUUUGCUUUUGUUUUAGCACUUGAAAAUGAAUCUGGUUGUAUCCAAGAAAUUUUAGUAGAGGUUGACAUCCAUAUGAAUUUUGAAUUGGCAACUACUGGGAGGAAAUUAACGAUUGACCUUUCUCAUUUAUCAAUCCUGUAUCAAAUUAUUCAAAGGAGAGUGGAAGAAGAAAUUGCAAUUCCUCAUUUUUCUUCUGUCACAUCAAAAAAUUUGUCAUCUCAGCAUGUUUCAGGAGAUACUCUUUCAGGAUUUGAGAACUAUGGUGAAUUGAACUCAAUUAGUCAUGCUAGUAGUUCAAAAAAUACUCUUCCUAUUCAGAUAAUAAGUCAUCAGAACCAAAUUUUGAAAAAUUUAAGAGGUUUCAUGUCACUGGAGAGGCCAGAUAAUGGUUUUAUGCAUUUGUCCCGGUGUUGGUUUGGCAUUUGUUCUCUUUUAGGUUUUGAUAUGACACUUUCUAUAUCUGAAAUUCAGACAAUUUUGUCAAUGUUUUCCUCACUCUCUGAGAUAUCCAGUCAGAAUAUGAAAAAAAAUUUGGAAAGAAAUCAUUCGUCUUCUGGCAAUGACGUUGACAAUAAUUUGGAAGCAGUGAUUCCUGAUGGAGCAAUUGUUGCUAUUCAGGAUGUCAACCAACACAUGUAUUUUACAGUUGAAGGACAAGAAAAGACAUUUAGUGUAGGUGGUGCCAUUCAUUAUUCUCUUGGAGGAGAAAGGGCUCUUUUCAGGAGGAGCAAGAUGAGGCUAGAGUUAUCAAAAAUGGGCGACCUCAACGCCUAG